AUGAGGAAGCCUCUGAAGAGGAGCCCGCUGGAAGUCGCUGGGGAAGAAACUCCUGCAGAAGAAACAGGUGAAGAAGGUGCUGCGGAAGACACUUCUUCAGAAGAGACUGCGGGUGAGGAAGCAGCUGGCGAAGAAAUUCCUGCUGGUGAAGAAACUCCUGCAGAAGAAGCAGGUGAAGAAGGUGCUUCGGAAGAAACUCCUCCAGAGGAGACUGCGGGUGAGGAAGCAGCUGGCGAAGAAAUUCCUGCUGGUGAGCCCGCUGGUGAAGAAACUCCUGCAGAAGAAGCAGGUGAAGAAGGUGCUUUGGAAGAAACUCCUCCAGAAGAGACUGCGGGUGAGGAAGCAGCUGGCGAAGAAAUUCCUGCUGGUGAGCCCGCUGGUGAAGAAACUCCUGCAGAAGAACCAGGUGAAGAAGGUGCUUCGGAAGAAACUCCUCCAGAGGAAACUGCGGGUGAGGAAGCAGCUGGCGAAGAAAUUCCUGCUGGUGAGCCCGCUAGUGAAGAACCUCCUGCAGAAGAGACUGGUGAAGAAGUCUCUGGUGAGGAGCCCGCUUGUGAAGGACCUCCUUCAGAAGAGACUGGUGAAGAAGCCUCUGGAGAGGAAGUAGCUGGGGAGGAAACUCCUGCAGAAGAAGCAGGUGAAGAAGGUGCUUCGGAAGAAACUCCUCCAGAAGAGACUGCGGGAGAGGAAGCAGCUGGCGAAGAAAUUCCUGCUGGUGAGCCCGCUGGUGAAGAAACUCCUGCAGAAGAAGCAGGUGAAGAAGGUGCUUCGGAAGAAACUCCUCCAGAAGAGACUGCGGGGGAGGUAGCAGCUGGCGAAGAAAUCCCUGCUGGUGAAGAAACUCCUGCAGAAGAAGCAGGUGAAGAAGGUGGUUCGGAAGAAACUCCUCCAGAAGAGACUGCGGGUGAGGAAGCAGCUGGCGAAGAAAUUCCGGCUGGUGAGCCCGCUGGUGAAGAAACUCCUGCAGAAGAAACAGGUGAAGAAGGUGCUUCGGAAGAAACUCCUCCAGAGGAGACUGCGGGUGAGGAAGCAGCUGGCGAAGAAAUUCCUGCUGGUGAGCCCGCUGGUGAAGAAACUCCUGCAGAAGAAGCAGGUGAAGAAGGUGCUUCGGAAGAAACUCCUCCAGAGGAGACUGCGGGUGAGGAAGCAGAUGGCGAAGAAAUUCCUGCUGGUGAGCCCGCUGGUGAAGAAACUCCUGCAGAAGAAACAGGUGAAGAAGGUGCUUCGGAAGAAACUCCUCCAGAAGAGACUGCGGGUGAGGAAGCAGCUGGCGAAGAAAUUCCUGCUGGUGAGCCCGCUGGUGAAGAAACUCCUGCAGAAGAAGCAGGUGAAGAAGGUGCUUCGGAAGAAACUCCUCCAGAGGAAACUGCGGGUGAGGAAGCAGCUGGCGAAGAAAUUCCUGCUGGUGAGCCCGCUAGUGAAGAACCUCCUGCAGGAGAGACUGGUGAAGAUGUCUCUGGUGAGGAGCCCGCUUGUGAAGGACCUCCUUCAGAAGAGACUGGUGAAGAAGCCUCUGGAGAGGAAGUAGCUGGGGAGGAAACUUCUGCAGAAGAAACAGGUGAAGAAGGUGCUUCGGAAGAAACUCCUCCAGAAGAGACUGCGGGUGAGGAAGCAGCUGGCGAAGAAAUUCCUGCUGGUGAGCCCGCUGGUGAAGAAACUCCUGCAGAAGAAGCAGGUGAAGAAGGUGCUUCGGAAGAAACUCCUCCAGAAGAGACUGCGGGUGAGGAAGCAGCAGGCGAAGAAAUUCCUGCUGGUGAGCCCGCUGGUGAAGAAACUCCUGCAGAAGAAACAGGUGAAGAAGGUGCUUCGGAAGAAACUCCUCCAGAAGAGACUGCGGGUGAGGAAGCAGCUGGCGAAGAAAUUCCUGCUGGUGAGCCCGCUGGUGAAGAAACUCCUGCAGAAGAAGCAGGUGAAGAAGGUGCUUCGGAAGAAACUCCUCCAGAAGAGACUGCGGGUGAGGAAGCAGCAGGCGAAGAAAUUCCUGCUGGUGAGCCCGCUGGUGAAGAAACUCCUGCAGAAGAAGCAGGUGAAGAAGGUGCUUCGGAAGAAACUCCUCCAGAAGAGACUGCGGGGGAGGUAGCAGCUGGCGAAGAAAUCCCUGCUGGUGAAGAAACUCCUGCAGAAGAAGCAGGUGAAGAAGGUGGUUCGGAAGAAACUCCUCCAGAAGAUACUGCGGGUGAGGAAGCAGCUGGCGAAGAAAUUCCGGCUGGUGAGCCCGCUGGUGAAGAAACUCCUGCAGAAGAAACAGGUGAAGAAGGUGCUUCGGAAGAAACUCCUCCAGAGGAGACUGCGGGUGAGGAAGCAGCUGGCGAAGAAAUUCCUGCUGGUGAGCCCGCUGGUGAAGAAACUCCUGCAGAAGAAGCAGGUGAAGAAGGUGCUUCGGAAGAAACUCCUCCAGAGGAGACUGCGGGUGAGGAAGCAGAUGGCGAAGAAAUUCCUGCUGGUGAGCCCGCUGGUGAAGAAACUCCUGCAGAAGAAACAGGUGAAGAAGGUGCUUUGGAAGAAACUCCUCCAGAAGAGACUGCGGGUGAGGAAGCAGCUGGCGAAGAAAUUCCUGCUGGUGAGCCCGCUGGUGAAGAAACUCCUGCAGAAGAACCAGGUGAAGAAGGUGCUUCGGAAGAAACUCCUCCAGAGGAAACUGCGGGUGAGGAAGCAGCUGGCGAAGAAAUUCCUGCUGGUGAGCCCGCUAGUGAAGAAACUCCUGCAGAAGAGACUGGUGAAGAUGUCUCUGGUGAGGAGCCCGCUUGUGAAGGACCUCCUUCAGAAGAGACUGGUGAAGAAGCCUCUGGAGAGGAAGUAGCUGGGGAGGAAACUCCUGCAGAAGAAACAGGUGAAGAAGGUGCUUCGGAAGAAACUCCUCCAGAAGAGACUGCGGGUGAGGAAGCAGCUGGCGAAGAAAUUCCUGCUGGUGAGCCCGCUGGUGAAGAAACUCCUGCAGAAGAAGCAGGUGAAGAAGGUGCUUCGGAAGAAACUCCUCCAGAAGAGACUGCGGGUGAGGAAGCAGCAGGCGAAGAAAUUCCUGCUGGUGAGCCCGCUGGUGAAGAAACUCCUGCAGAAGAAACAGGUGAAGAAGGUGCUUCGGAAGAAACUCCUCCAGAAGAGACUGCGGGUGAGGAAGCAGCUGGCGAAGAAAUUCCUGCUGGUGAGCCCGCUGGUGAAGAAACUCCUGCAGAAGAAGCAGGUGAAGAAGGUGCUUCGGAAGAAACUCCUCCAGAAGAGACUGCGGGUGAGGAAGCAGCUGGCGAAGAAAUUCCUGCUGGUGAGCCCGCUGGUGUAGAAACUCCUGCAGAAGAAUUAGGUGAAGAAGGUGCUUCGGAAGAAACUCCUCCAGAAGAGACUUCGGGUGAGGUAGCAGCUGGCGAAGAAAUCCCUGCUGGUGAAGAAACUCCUGCAGAAGAAGCAGGUGAAGAAGGUGGUUCGGAAGAAACUCCUCCAGAAGAGACUGCGGGUGAGGUAGCAGCUGGCGAAGAAAUUCCUGCUGGUGAGCCCGCUGGUGAAGAAACUCCUGCAGAAGAAGCAGGUGAAGAAGGUGCUUCGGAAGAAACUCCUCCAGAAGAGACUGCGGGUGAGGAAGCAGCAGGCGAAGAAAUUCCUGCUGGUGAGCCCGCUGGUGAAGAAACUCCUGCAGAAGAAACAGGUGAAGAAGGUGCUUCGGAAGAAACUCCUCCAGAGGAGACUGCGGAUGAGGAAGCAGCUGGCGAAGAAAUUCCUGCUGGUGAGCCCGCUGGUGAAGAAACUCCUGCAGAAGAAGCAGGUGAAGAAGGUGCUUCGGAAGAAACUCCUCCAGAGGAGACUGCGGGUGAGGAAGCAGCUGGCGAAGAAAUUCCUGCUGGUGAAGAAACUCCUGCAGAAGAAGCAGGUGGAGAAGGUGCUUUGGAAGAAACUCCUCCAGAAGAGACUGCGGGUGAGGAAGCAGCUGGUGAAGAAAAUGCUGCUGAAGAAACUCCUCCAGAAGAGACUGGUGAAGAAGUCUCUGGUGAGGAGCCCACUGGUGAAGAACCUCCUGCAGAAGAGACUGGUGAAGAAGCCACUGGAGAGGAAGUCGCCGCUGAAGAAACUCAUGGAGAAGAAACAGGUGAAGAAGGCGCGGUAGAAGAAACUCCUUCUGAGGAGACUGCUGGUGAGGAAUCAACUGGUGAAGAAACUCCUGCUGAAGAGACUGGAGGUGAGGAAAUAGCCGGCGAAGAAAUUCCUGCUGGUGAGGAGCCUGCUGGUGAAGAAACUCCUGCAGAAGAAACUGGUGAAGAAGGAGCUAGCGAAGAAACUCCGGCUGAAGAAGCUGGAGAAGAAACUUCUACAGGUGAAGAGGGAAGCGGUGAGGAUGAAACUGAAGAAGGGGAAGCCGUUGGAGAAGAAAUGGGCGAAGAAGGAGAAACCGGUGAAGACGAAACCGUUGAAGAGGGAACUGGUGAAGAGGAAACAGGCGAGGAAGGAACAGGUGAAGAAGAGACAGGCGAGGAAGGAGCAGGUGAAGAAGAAACAGGCGAGGAAGGAGCAGGUGAAGAGGAAACAGGCGAGGAAGGAGCAGGUGAAGAAGAGACAGGCGAGGAAGGAGCAGGUGAAGAAGAUACCGGCGAGGAAGGAGCAGGUGAAGAAGAGACAGGCGAGGAAGGAGCAGGUGAAGAAGAGACAGGCGAGGAAGGAGCAGGUGAAGAAGAUACCGGCGAGGAAGGAGCAGGUGAAGAAGAGACAGGCGAGGAAGAAGUAGGUGAAGAUGAAACCGGUGAAGAAGCAGCAGGUGAAGAAGAGACAGGCGAGGAAGGAUCAGGUGAAGAAGAGACAGGCGAGGAAGGAGCAGGGGAAGAAGAGACCGGCGAGGAAGGAACAGGUGAAGAAGAGAUCGGCGAAGAAGGUACAGGUGAUGAAGAGACCGGAGAGGAGGGAACAGGUGAAGAGGAAGGUGGCGAAGAAGAAAUUGGUAGUGAUUCUGAUUCAACAACUAAACCAAAACCAACAACUAAACCUAAAACAACAGCUAAACCUAAAACAACAACUAAACCUAAAACAACAACUAAACCUAAAACAACAACUAAACCUAAAACAACAACUAAACCUAAAACAACAUCCAAACCUAAAACAACAACCAAACCUAACACAACAACUAAACCUAAAACAACUACAAAACCUACAGUCAAACCUGCAGCAACAACAUUCAAGACUACCGCCAAACCGGCAGCAACAACAGCCAAACCGGUAGCAACAACAGCAAAACCUGCAGCAACAACAGUAAAACCUACUACAACCAACCCUGUUAAGCCACCCACAAUUACCAUAAUUAUUAAAAACCCGCCCAAAGCUACUACAGCCAAACCGAAAACAACGAGAAAACCUAAAAAAACGGUAAACUCUAAAACAACGGCCAAACCAAAAACUACGGCGAAACCCAAAACAUCAACGAAACCCAAAACUACGGCCAAACCUAAAAAGGCAACAAACACUAAAACAACAGUGAAACCAAAAGCAACAGCGAAACCCAAAACAACAGCAAAACCCAAAACCACAGCAAAACCCAAAACAACGGCCAAACCUAAGACUACGGCGAAACCAAAGAAACCCGCCAAGCCCAAGACAACUGCAAAACACAAAACAACUGCAAAGCCCAAAGCAGCCAAACCAACUCAACCCCCACAACAGGAUCAUAUCCUGCAACAGAUCAUCAACGCUGUCCAACAAAUCAUUUAUUAG